AUGGGUCGCCCGGCUUCCCAAGAUGUGGAAUCAAACCAAAAAUCGUCAACUUGGCGCGACUGGGGAGCUGUCAUUCUCUGGAGUGCGAUAGGCUACCUGUGCAUCAUUGUGACCGUUGUUGGGUACUUCAAUCCAUCGUUACUUCUAAUUGAUCCAACCGCGCUGAAAAAUCUGGUUCGCAACCACGGCUUUCUCGACCAGGUCGUGUUCAUUCCCCAGACGUCUGAUUCAGUCAGCCUGGAAUGGCUCUAUUCAUUGGUCAAGCAGACUCAAGGAUAUGCGAUAUCCCCGCCCGGCCACGGCAUGGAGUGGCAUAUUGCCCAAGACAACGUCAUGUAUAUUCGCAUUGACGGUGAUGUCGUAUAUCUGGAGGAUCACACCAUUCCCACAAUCGUGAAAACAAAACUGGACAACCCCAGCUCACUGAUGGUAUCUGCCAACGUUGUGAAUGAGGCUGCACUUUCCUCCCUCCAUAGCCAUCCGGGCAUCGCCCUUCCAUAUCUCCCAGAGCUGCACCACACCAAACAGCCCUCCCGGUCCAAGACGCAGCUGAGCCAGGAUUGGCGCUCUUCAAGUCUCCCCCAGUGGCGUGGGCCAGCGAGCUUCAGAGUUCCAAAGGGAUUCAAAGCACCUUUCCAUGGUCAUCGCUGGCUUCUGCCCGCUGAAGCAGGUUCAGAUCGCGACCCCAUUGCAGGAUCAAUGUACACGGAAACUGGUCCCUCGCUUGAAGACUGGACCGUCAGCGCCCAGCAGCAUUACUCUUUCCUGCACCAUCUUGAGUAUGACGAGUUGACUCGUUACAAAUUCCCGCUGUGGAUGGACCCUACAGAACCAAUCAGCCAGAACUUUGGCUGUUUCUGGGGCCAUGAUGCAGACGCUCUUGGUGAGAUUUUCGGUCGGAUUGGCGAAGAUCCAUCAGAGUCGUGGAUCAGACUUGAUGGGUCUCGCCCACAUGUUGCUAUCGAUGGCAAGGGUCUAGUGGCUCAUUACUCUGCUCGCUUGGGGCCCGAGGGGUUGGACUCGACUGAUCUCUUGGAACGGUACCGAGCGUACGCGCAGGAGAAGGUCUGCUUGCAGACAGCGUGA